CGUUACGUCAGCGCGAAGCCGGCAAGGAGUUUGGCAGUCGACGCCUGCGCAGUGCGGCCAGUCUGACCUUCAUUGGAGUCACCAUGUUCGUUAGAAUCAGCGCCGCGGUGUUUUUGCCGCAAUGUGGCCAGGUCAGGAACAUGGCGACACUGAAGGACAUCACCAUUCGGUUAAAGUCCAUCAAGAACAUCCAGAAGAUCACCAAGUCCAUGAAGAUGGUUGCCGCUGCUAAGUACUCCAGGGCAGAGAGAUCCCUGAAGCCAGCUCGGGUGUAUGGGACUGGUGCUCUGGCCCUAUAUGAAAAGGCUGAUAUCAAGGCCCCCGAGGAUAAGAACAAGCACUUGAUCAUCGGCGUAUCCUCUGACCGUGGUCUUUGCGGGGCCAUCCACUCCAACGUGGCCAAGGCCAUGAAGAGCGAGAUCAACAAACUCGCAGGUGCCGGCAAAGAGGUCAUGGUGGUCAGCGUUGGGGAUAAGCUGAGAGGCCUGCUUUACAGGUCGCAUGGCAAGCACCUUCUAUUGAACUGUAAGGAAGUGGGCCGUAAACCACCCACCUUUGCGGACGCCUCCAUCAUCGCCACCGAGCUGCUGAACUCGGGCUAUGAGUUCGACCAGGGCGCCAUCUUCUAUAACAGAUUCAGGUCUGUCAUUUCCUACAAAACCGAUGAAAAGCCAUUGUAUUCCAUGGAAACUGUUGCAAACUCAGAGAACAUGGGCGUCUAUGAUGACAUUGACGCCGACGUGCUGAGGAACUACCAGGAAUUCUCUCUGGUCAACAUCAUUUACUACGGGCUGAAGGAGUCGACCACCAGCGAGCAGAGUGCCCGCAUGACCGCUAUGGACAGCGCCAGCAAGAACGCCUCUGAGAUGAUCGACAAGCUGACCCUGACCUUCAACCGAACCCGCCAGGCCGUCAUUACCAAGGAGCUCAUUGAGAUUAUCUCCGGAGCUGCUGCGCUGUAAAUGCUGGGGUCCAUCAGGCAAACCUUCCUUCCUGCUCCUGGCCCAGGAGCUGAAUGAGACUCCAGUUGUCGAGUUUAUGGAAACUUGUGAUUCUGUUUGUAAAGUAUCUGAACCAAUAAAUCCCAUACAAAGAAAA